AUGGGGAAAAGUCCGAAUCCUACUGCUGAUGGAAAAUGUAUGUGUUGUAAUUGCGAGCAGAUCCUGGAACAAGACGAUCUGCGAAAGGCUUUUACAAAAAACACAAAGGGAACUCUGUGUUGUCUCUGCUUGCUUACUGGACCUCUCGCACCCAUCAUCGCCUAUCUGUUCUUCCGUGAAGAAAUGCAUGUAUGCCCGUCUUGCAAGCGCGAGUGCAUUCACAACUUUUAG